AUGGAUACCACUGGCCACAGCGUCCUCCUCCUCCAGCAGCUGAACAUGCAGCGGGAGUUUGGCUUUCUGUGUGACUGCACAGUUGCCAUUGGAGAUGUUUACUUCAAAGCCCACAGAGCGGUGCUCGCUGCUUUUUCAAACUAUUUUAAGAUGAUAUUUAUUCACCAGACGAGCGAGUGCAUAAAAAUUCAGCCUACGGACAUCCAGCCUGACAUAUUUAGUUACUUGUUACAUAUCAUGUACACUGGGAAAGGGCCAAAGCAGACUGUCAGCCAGAGCCGACUGGAGGAGGGCAUCCGCUUUCUGCAUGCAGACCACCUGUCCCACAUCGCCGUCGAGAUGAACCAGGCCUUCUCCCCAGAGCCGGUCCAGUCCUCCAACCUGUACGGGAUCCAGAUCUCUACGGCACACAAGCUGGCAAAGGAGCGCCUGGGAGCGAAGGAGAGCCUGCCCAAGGCGGGCGGCAGGGCUGCGGCCCAGGGCGAUCCCCCCCAGCUGCAGCUGUCCCUGGCCAUCGGCCUGGACGACGGCCCCCUGGACCAGCAGGUCGCUCGCCCCUCGGCCCAGCCCGUGGCUCUGGCCAAGCCGGCAGAGGAGCGCCCGAAGCUCUCGGUUUCCAUAAAGCAGGAGAGGUGCGACUCGGAGCCCGUGGUGUCCCAGAGCUGCACGCCUCCCUCUCCCGAGGUAGCGAGCCCCAUCCUUGCCAAGGGCAGCCUCAGGGUGCACUUGUGCCACUACUGCGGGGAGCGCUUCGAGUCGCGCGAGGGGCUGCGGCAGCACCUGCACACCCACGUCUCGGGCUCGCUGCCCUUCGGUGUGCCGGCCUCCAUCCUGGAGAGCAGCGACCUGGGGGAGGUGCAGCCUCUGGCUGAGGACAGGGAUCCCGGGGAUGGGCAUCGCCUCGGGGCCUUCCUCCUCAAGGAGGAUGAGCAUCAGCUGGAGCACCCGAGCUGCAGCGACCUGGAACCUCUGCAGAUCGGGCAGCUCUCCCUCAUCUCCAAGGACCACGAGCCGGUGGAGUUGAACUGUAACUUUUCUUUCUCAAGAAAGAGAAAGAUCAGCUGCACCGUGUGCGGCCGCACGUUUUUCCGGAAGAGCCAGCUGCUGGAGCACAUGUACACGCACAGAGGGAAGCAGCACAAGUACGGCCGCUGCCAGCGGCUGGAGAGCCCCGCCACCCCCAGGUUCCACCCUUACUGUGACGGCGGCAGUGUGGGUAAGAGCUCCAGCUUGUCCCAAGACCAUUUAGAUGAGUGUAUACUGGAGUCAGAUCUCAUCCAAGAAAGCGUUGACACGAUCCUGGUAGAGUAA